ACUGAUAAACCGCCAAAGUGGACUUUGACCCUGCAGAUCAGGCGCUGUGUGACAUUUAUGCACCCGUUUGGUGUCACAUAGAAUACAUCUUGCAGGGCCUCAGGAGGCCUACUUGUGGAUUUUGAUACAACAAACCCAACUGAGGAAAUGUCCAACAUCUUUCCAGUGCUCCUUGCACUUCUCGGCUUCCUGUCCCCCGGGCCUGCUGGCUGCAGCAGGAUCCUGGUGGUGCCGGUGGACGGGAGCCACUGGAUCAACAUGGAGGUGAUCCUCAAGGAGCUGCACUCCCGAGGCCACCUCCUCACCGUGCUGCACUCCCCCCACAGCUGGUACAUUCCCACCAAUGCCUCCUUCUACACGUCCAUCACCAUGCCCAUGUUGGAGGACGGCACCAAAAAGAACUACUACAAUAGGAUCCUUGUGGACGUUAUCGAGUGCCGCAAGUCCACCGACUUCCUGAGGACGUUUUGCCAGCAGCGCAUUAUUACAAAAAUGCUGUCAGUGGGUCACGGUCUUCUCGCCGCAGCCGUCGGCAAGAUGUUGGAUGAUCUUGUUUUUGUAAGGAAGCUUCAGGAUGCCAAGUUUGAUCUCAUGUUGACCGACCCAGGCCUGACAGUGGGGGUGCUCCUGGGGAAUUACCUCAAAUUGCCAAUGGUCUUCAACGUACGCUGGAUUAAUAAUGGAGAGAGCCACUUCGUUACGUCCCCUUCCCCACUCUCCUUUGUCCCUGUGUCCGGAAGUGAACUACAUGACCAGAUGGAUUUUCAGGGAAGGCUGAAGAAUAUGCUGCAUUACUUUUAUAGUGUUAUUGAGUUGUACUUUUACAUAAACCCAAAGUACUCGGAUGUCUUCCAGAGGCACUUCCCACCUGGAACAGACUUGCUGUCUUUAGAACGUGCGGCAGAUAUCUGGCUGGUGAGGUCCAAUUUCGUCUUUGAAUUUCCUCGCCCAACAAUGCCUAACGUAGUCUACAUCGGGGGAUUCCAGUGCAAAAAAGCCCGGCCCCUUCCUAUUGAUUUGGAGGCCUUCAUGCAGAGCUCCGGGGAACACGGGGUGGUGGUCAUGUCCUUGGGAACACUGGUCUCUGCUCUGCCUCGAGAGGUCACUGAAGCUAUCGCGGCAGCGUUUGCUCAGCUGCCUCAAAAGGUGAUCUGGAGGAUCAAGGGAGAAAAGCCUUCAUCCUUGGGGAACAACACUCUGUUGGUCGACUGGCUGCCUCAGAACGACCUUCUAGGGCACUCCAAAACACGGGCGUUUGUUGCCCAUGGGGGCACCAAUGGCAUGUAUGAGGCCAUUUACCACGGGGUUCCGGUUGUAGGUUUGCCGCUGCUCUUUGACCAGUUUGAUAACGUCCUCCGGCUGAAGGUACGCGGGGCUGCUCGGGUGCUGGAGGCUAAAUCGCUCACCCAGGAAAGCUUCCUGGAGGCUCUUAAAGACAUUCUGGAAACUCCGUCAUACCGCGACAACAUACGCCGACUCUCUCGUCUCCACCACGACAACCUCAUGUCUCCAUUGGACGUGGCCAUCUUUUGGAUCGAGUACGUCCUCAGGCACCAAGGAGCGCCCCAUUUGCAGCCGGCAUCAUACAGCCUGGCCUGGUACUCCUACCUUUGCCUGGACGUGCUUCUUGUCUUGGCUGCUGUCAUCAUAGCCUUUGUAUGGACCUCCGUCUUUAUCUGUAAGACCUUCUGCUGCCGAAGGUUGAGGAGGAAGAUUAAAUCAGAAUAAUUAGUUAUGUGCCUAGUUAACCUGAGCACCCGUUUUUGUUUAUUGAUGUCGUUGUCAGUAAGUGCAAAUUGAGCAUUUUGCUCAAAAUCUACUGCACAUUGGUACAGAAGACGUACAAGUCAAGGUCUUUGGUGUGUGUGGUGAGAGUGUUAGUGAGUCAUCAUGUUGGAGUUUGUCGAUAACUCAGACUGGCUGCACUUUCAAGGGGGUGAUUGGAUAUGAAUGAAUGACUGGACACAAACAAGCUCUCCCUUUUACACCACGUGGUAAAAAACACUUCCUUAGAGCCAUUGUCUCCAUGCAGUUAUUCUUCCCAUGAAACAAUUUCAAUUGUAUGUUCCUUUCCUGAGGUCCCUAAGCAAAGUUCAUAACAGUUACUAAGAGGUUAUGUCCACAGUCAAAGUCAAUUCGCAUUUUUUUUUAUCCGGCCUAAACAUCUUUCUUAUGUGGAUAUAAAUCCGGUAUGUAUCCGAUGUGACUGCGGUCUGAACAAUCAGGUAGCGUUCAUCCCGUGUGUCCAGUGGCAGAGAAGGGUCACAACAAAUGCAAACAUUACAGCCAUACUUGCCAACCCUCCCGAAUUUUCCGGGAGACUCCCGAAUUUUAGUGCCUCUCCCAAAAAUCUCCCGGGACAACCAUUCUCCCGAAUUUCUCCCGAUUUCCAGCCGGACUUAAGGCACGCCCCCUCCAGGUCCGUGCGGACCUGAGUGAGGACAGCCUGUCGUCACGUCCGCUUGGCCAGACAAAAAGUAACCACAGAACACUAUAUCGUAUAGUGUUCUGUGGUUACUUUUUGGUUGGCCAACGGUUUACGUUGUAUUGCGCACCCUGACGGCAAGUGUGGGAGUCGGUUCUGAAGUAUGAAGUAAAGAGAUGUAACUUCGUCAACUCGCCUGGUUAUUGACUCCAACCCAGAAUAUUACACUGCCCAUACCUACGCUCCUUCAAAGGCUGUGCUACUGGCUGCAAAGCAUUGCACUUUCAAACACAACAAUGAGUAGAGAGGAGUGUUAUGUGUGUGUAUGUGUAAAUAAAGGAACACUGAAAUUCAAGUAUUUAUUUUAUUUAUAUGUAUAUAUAUAUAAUAAAAUACAUAUAUAUAUAUAUAUAGCUAGAAUUCACUGAAAGUCAAGUAUUACAUUUUAUUUAUAUAUAUAUAUAUACGGUAUAUAUAAGAAAUAGUUGAAUUUCAGUGAAUUCUAGCUAUAAAUAAACUCCUCCCCCAUUAACCCCGCCUCCCCGGCCCCGACCUCGCCCACCUCGUGUACUAGGUCGCGUUGUGCCGGCGGACGGAGGGGAGGGGGGUCUUAAACGGUGGCAUUGUGUGUGUGUGGACACGGAUAAGGUUAGGUGUGAUUUACCCUGGAUAACCUUAGCCGGCUUAGUGUAGAAGGGGCCUUAGACAUACUAGAAUUGGAUAGCUGCUAUUGAUUCAAAGCCUGGAGAAUACAAUGACAUGAUAAAAGAGUAUGUUUAAAGGCACCCAGAGAAAACUGAUACAUGCAAACUCCACACAUAGAAAUCCUCAAACUCCUGACUGUGCGACCAACAUGCUAACACCAAUAACACAAUGCAGCCCUGUUAUCAAUUUUUGAUGGAUAAAAUCACAAGGAACAAAAUAAAUGACGAAUGUGUAUAAUAAUAUUAAUAAUAAUAAUAUUCCUUUCAAUAUUACAACUUAAAACAAGAGUACCCAAAAUUUGUACUCAAGUAGGACGACCGUUACUUAAGAGUAAUAUGACUCAAGUAAAAGUAAAAUGUCAUCAAAAUAAUUACUUGAGUAUGAGUAGGUAUUUUGUGAAAAAACUCCUCAAGUAUUGGAUAACUGGUGAGUAACUUUUGAUUUAUUUAGGAGCUGUUUAUUAAUGUUUUUUGAACUCCAACUGUAGAUUGUGUGUGCGUGCAAAACAAAAAUCAUAUACAAUUCACUGAGGCAUGUUUUCUGUAGUCGGAAGUGGAAUUCUUGUAAAUGGUAAAUGGGUUGUACUUGUAUGGCACUUUUCUACCUUUUUUUAAGAAACUCAAAGCUCUUUGACACUAUUUCCACAUUCACCCAGUCACACACACACAUUCACACACUGAUGGCGGGAGCUGCCAUGCACGCUAACCAGGCCCAUCAGGAGCAAGGGUGAAGUGUCUUGCUCAAGGACACAACGGACGUGACUAGGAUGGUAGAAGGUGGGGAUUGAACCAGUAACCCUCAGAUUGCUGGCACGGCCACUCUCCCAACUUUGCCACGCAGUGCAGGCUGAAACUUGAACAUUUCUACUGACAAAGAUGACAGCACAUGUUCUUUUUACUAGUUUGAAAGUAAUCAUUAAAGAUUUAUGCAGCUUUG